AUGCAAGCGUAUUUAAGGGACGCAGUUCAUUGUGGUGAUCAUGGAAAGGUAUCAAGAUGUUUCUGUGCAAACGCUCUUUGCAUUAACGGUAUGUUCGCUUUCCUUUACACUUUUCUAGGAAAAUCGUCCAGUAUAAAUAAACAGGUUCUGGAGUCCUCGGUGGUUCCAGUCCAUGUCGCAACGAAAGCUCUUCAAGAUGAAUUCAAUUGCAAGAUCAAUGGCACCACCAUGACGCCCGAGAAACGAAAACUUUCUGUGUAUCUGGCUAACGCUUAUCGUACAAUCGCAACAACCGGCGUAUUUGGGUAUCCACCUAGUCAAAACAUGUAUCAGCUGAACUAUUCCUGCUUGGCUGAGGAGUACGCUAUGAUGCUCUGCAAUCAACAAGCACCACUCAAUCCUGUUGGGUAGAAGCUGUCCUCUGACCCAAUAGCAGCAGAAUUUGAAUUGUGGUGGGGCAAUCACGACUUUGGUGCCUUUAUCAACAGCACUGCCGUGUACAGUCCUAAUUUUGACUACACCGUAUUUUCGCAAAUGGUUUCGGGGUACGCUGUCAGUAUAGGGUGCACCGAUACGUGCUAUGGCCAAAAGCAGGUGUAUUGCGCAUUCGAUGUCUGCACAGCCAUGACUUACUUCGGCAUGAUCUAUGAAGUCGGAUCUGGUCCAUGUAUGGUCGACAGCGACUGCACCACGUUCUCUGGUUCAACGUGCAACACGAAAAAUGGACUGUGCAUCAAAAACCCAAACACUCCCCUUUGCCCGUCAAAAGUGUAA